AUGUCAUAUUCUCAAGGCAGUACAGGACCGAAUGGAAUGGCCUAUAACGUGUUGAAUGCUUCGAUGAAUGCCUCGCAAUCCCUCUCUUCCACCCCUCGCGCGACUCCGCCCCCGAAAGGAUCGCAUAUGUCCUUUUCCGGUUACUCCAACGGCCUCCCCCGGAACUCGAGCUUCGGAGGUUAUGGUGGAUCAAAUGACAAUGGGUCGAUGUCAUACUCGGAAGCGAACAAACCACAGAUUUAUCGAGCCGUAUAUUCCGAGAUCGCCGUUUAUGAGAUGGAAGUAAAUGGCGUUGCUGUUAUGAAACGUCGGUCCGAUUCUUGGUUGAAUGCUACACAAAUUUUGAAAGUCGCUGGCGUUGUCAAGGCGAGACGCACGAAAACCCUGGAAAAGGAGAUUGCCUCAGGUGAACACGAGAAGGUACAGGGCGGCUACGGAAAAUAUCAGGGAACCUGGGUCAAUUACCAGCGAGGGGUGGAUCUCUGUCGAGAGUACCACGUCGAGGAAGCCCUUCGACCGUUACUGGAAUACGAUUCGGGCUCUACAUCCUUUGCCGAAGGAGGCAUAGAAACACCCACCAAGGAGCAGGCCAUGGCCGCGCAGCGCAAGCGUCUAUACAAUGGUGGGGAGAGUCGUGGUUCGUCACAGCCGCAGCAGGGCACUUUCUUCCAAAACAUCUCUCGCACUGCUGCCACCGCUGUCAAUGCGCUUAGCAAAGCGCGCUUCGACUCACCUAACUCCAGCAGUCGCCGCCCAAGCAUGGUUCGCAAACCCUCCCAACAAAUGAGCAGCCAAGAAUCCGGGCUUCCCUUCAGUAGUCAGCAAAGCAUGUACAGCAUGUCCGACAGUGGGUUUGGUAGCUUGCAAAACAAACACCAGACUCAGGACGAUCAAGAUCAUCUUGCAGAACCUCCACGCAAACGCAUGCGCUCUACCUCACACCAACCCCCACCCGGUCUUGCUCGUGAACCAUCCAAUGUCUCCAUGCAAGACCCUACACCGACCGAACCUAACGACUCUUUCUAUCAAGACAUGGACGUCUUGCCUCCCCCCACCGACGAUGGCUCCAAGCGCGGAGUCGAGUCACUGGCCCCUGCUUCCACCCCCGAGCGGUUCCAAAAGAUGAAGCUGAUCAUGACUCUAUUUCUCGACAAACGAACAAAAGACUUCACCAACCACCCUGCUUUGUUGCAGCUGACCGGCGACGAUCUCGAAAUACCCCUCGACGAAUAUCGCAACAAUGCGCUUCAUUGGGCGGCAAUGCUCGCGCGCAUGUCACUUUUGAAUGCGUUGGUGGCCAAAGGCGUUAGCAUCUCCCGCGUGAAUGGCGCAGGAGAGACUGCUCUGCAGAAAUCUGUCGGUACUCGCAAUAACCUUGAUUAUCGAAGCUUCCCCCGCUUGCUGCAGGUACUCGCCCCAACGAUUGACAUGGUCGAUUACAGCGGACGUACCAUCCUGCACCACAUUGCCAUGAUGGCUGCGACUGGCGGCGGUGGGCAUGUUUCCGCCAAGCAUUACUUGGAAGCCCUCCUUGAGUUUAUCGUACGCCAUGGUGGCAUCGUUCCUACCACGAACGGAGAUCACACAUCAAACGGCGCCCCUAGCGGCGAUGUCAUCUCCCUGGGACGAUUCAUCUCCGAGAUCGUCAAUCUGCGGGACGACCAAGGCGACACAGCUCUCAAUUUAGCUGGACGUGCGCGCUCAGUCCUCGUUCCCCAACUAUUGGAAGUCGGCGCUGAUCCCCACAUCCCCAACCACACCGGUCUUCGACCAGCUGAUUAUGGUGUUGGUGUUGACAUGGUGGAUGGAAAUCCCCAAUCCCAGCAAGCGAUUGAUCGAAAUGACACCUUCAUCGACCAGCUAGCGAAGACAAAGAAGGAGAUCCUGGAUGCGGCACUGUCACAGAUCAAUGCGAUGGUGGAAGAAACUCUAGGUGGAAUCGAUAGAGAGUUGGCAUCAACUCUGACCCAGAAACAAGAAAGUUUCGACCACUGGCAUACGAAGAUCCGCGAAUCUGCCAAAGCUCGGCAGAUUGAGCAGAAACAAUACGAUGAACUUAGCAGACAGGAAUCGGAGCGUGUGGAGCUUGACCGUCGGAUCAAGAACCUAGAGCGAUCCUCCGAGGGGUUGUUGGCCACAGUGAAGAACACACCAGGACUCGAUGCGACGAAAACAGUCGUUGUGGGUGAUGCCGAUCGAGAUUCUGGUGUGGACGUCGCGACGUUUGAUACAUUGUUCCCCGAGAAAUUUGACCCUGCAUCCGGAUUCUCGGAGCAGCAAAUCGCGUUCUUGGAGGCUCUACCUUCUACGGACUCGCUGAGACGGCAAGCACACUGUUACAAAGAGUUCAACGCAGGCAUUCUAGCCGAAGUGGAUGGAUUGAAGGCUAAAAACGCCGUGCUCGGCCAGAACUACCGUCGCAUGGUGAUGGCAUGCACGAGUUGGACCGCAGAGCAAGUGGACGAAGCUGCCGAGGGCCUUACGAAGUGUGUCAAAGAAUUGAAUGACAACCCUGUGCCCGAAGAUGAGGCCAUUGAAAUCUUGAUGCGGGACCGCGGACAGGAUUGGUAG